CACCAAACAAUUAUCAUCUUCACAUCCACUUUCUUCUCUAAGUUUGUAUUUGCAAGUUAGUUGAAGAAAACAUUAACACUUGUUAGCUACUACAAGAGUUUAAGAUGGCUUCCAAAACUUGUUCCACACUUGCUCUUUUCUUCACACUCAACCUCCUCUUCUUUUCACUUGUUUCAGCUUCUGGAUCUUGUUCAUGCAACCCAAAUCCAAACCCAAACCCAAAGCCCAGCCCAACUCCAAAGCCAAAGCCAAACCCAAACCCAAAGCCCAACCCAAGUCCAAAACCCAACCCAAGUCCAAAACCAACCCCUUCAAGUGGCUCAUGUCCCAGUGAUACACUAAAACUUGGUGUAUGUGCCAAUGUCCUAAAUGGGUUACUAAAUAUAAAAUUGGGUCAACCACCGGUGGCCCCUUGUUGCUCACUUCUAGAAGGCCUAACUGAUCUUCAGGCUGCAGCCUGUCUUUGCACUGCCCUUAAAGCUAACAUUUUGGGCAUCAAUCUUAACCUUCCCAUUUCACUUAGCUUGCUUCUUAAUGUUUGCUCAAAGAAAGUCCCACGUGAUUUCCAAUGUGCCUAAUUAAAAUCCUGCAUAUGACGUAUACACAAUAAAAUCAAAAUCAUAUUAAUAUAUGUUUUUUUUUUAAGUUUUUGUCCUUUUGUGCUAGUUGUGGCUUUUUUCAUUGGUUUUUCGAAUUUCCAUCCAUGAGUGUUUUUUUCUUCUACGUGCAUGGAUGAUUGAUUAUUAACAGCUCGUUAUAGUCCUAUCAUUCAUUGCUUUCUUUUAUUUUGUCAUAGUAUUGCAAUAAAUAAAAAUUCCCUAUGUUUUGCUUUAUGUAAAUCGCAAGGGAAUCAAAGUGUUGUAAGUUAUAUUUUGAUUGAGAAAUUAAUAAUAUAUAUAUAUACAUCUGUUUAUUAUA